AUGGCAUCUGAAGCAAGCCAUAUCCUCAUCACAGGUCCUGCCGGCUUCAUAGGCCAGGAGCUGAUCACCGCCCUCUUCCUCUCUUCCCACUCGAUCCACCUCACGGCAACAGACAUUACGACGCCACCCAUCCCACUUAAAUCCAUCCCCUAUGCAUCCCGCGUAACAACUGCAGUUGCGUCCCUCCUCGCGCAUCACUCCCGCUUCAACGCGAUCUAUCUCCUCCUUGGCGUCAUGUCCGGCGGCGCCGAGGGGAAUCUUGACCUCGGCCUCCGCGUCAACGUCGGCAGUCACCGUUUCUUCCUUGACCCGCUUCGUCAGGAGACCUCCCCGCACCGCGGCACAUAUCGUCAUCUUCCCAGCUCCCUGGCCGUCUACAGGCCCGCGGCGCCGGGGCAGGUCAACACCAAGUCGACGUUCACGACACCGCAGUCCUCGUACGGCGCGCAGAAGCUUAUGAUAGAGACGCUGUUCCGGGACUACUCGUGUCGCGGGCUCCUGGACGGGCGCAUCGUGCGGCCUGGGGCGCCGAGCGCGACGGCCUCGUCUUCAGCAUCCGGUAUCGUGAGGAGGUCGCUCAAGGGCGAGGAGAACGUCAUGCCUGUGCGGCAGGAGGUCGUUAACCUUCCGGGCGUCACCAUUACGGUUGCUGAUAUCCUGGAUGCCUUGGAGACUAUCGGAGGUAAAGAAGCACGAAGCUUGGUCAGAGAGGAGAGGAACCCCCAGAUCGAGGCAAUUGUGGAAAGUUGGCCGGCCUUUUUCGACAUUUCGCUAUGCGACUUCGAGCAGGACUCCAGAUUCUGUACCCAGUAUUUCGCUGGGUAG